AUGAAGACAGACCGGGAUAUCAGUAAUUCAAUGGGCAAUGCCCUGCCAAAUAUUGAGCACGUUGAGCGCCAGGCCUCUAUUUCAAUAACCAAGGAAGCUAACAAUGCCAAAGCCGCCACGGCUAAGGAGCAUACAAUGACUCUGAUUCAAGGAAUCAAAACAUACCCGAAGGCGAUCGCGUGGAGUGUUCUUAUUUCCACGUGUAUCGCCAUGGAAGGGUAUGAUAUUAGUCUUGUCAACAAUUUCUACGCCUUUCCACCUUUCCAAAGGAAAUAUGGCGUGCUGACUUCGGAUGGCUCCUAUCAAGUUCCAGCCUCGUGGCAAUCAGCCCUUAGCAAUGGUGCCUAUGUUGGAGAAAUCAUCGGCCUUUUCAUCAACGGCUGGGCCUCAGAACGAUUUGGAUAUCGAUAUACUAUUAUGGCCUGUUUAAUCCUGAUAAGCGCAUUCACAGCCAUCUUCUUUACCGCGCCAAAUAUCAAAAUUCUUCUAGUGGCCGAGAUUUUGGCCGGAAUUCCUUGGGGCGUUUUUCAGACACUCACAGUCACCUAUGCCUCUGAAGUUUGCCCAGUCGUUCUCCGUGGUUACCUCACAACUUAUGUCAACUUCUGCUGGGGCUUGGGGCAACUCGUGGGAAUUGGGGUAAUCAGAUCAAUGUUCACGCGGAAUGAUCAAUGGUCCUAUAGAAUACCAUAUGGGUUGCAGUGGAUGUGGCCUGUCCCCCUCUUUGCCGCAGUCUUCCUUGCACCAGAGUCGCCAUGGUGGUUGGUUCGAAGAAACAAAAUUGAGGAUGCUCGCAAGGCACUUCUUCGCUUAACAAGUACCGACCGCGAAGCUGAUUUCGAUGCUGACGAGACUAUUGCUAUGAUAAAGUAUACCACCGAGCUUGAGCACAACCUUUCAGAAGGUGCUUCAUAUCUUGACUGUUUCAAGGGAACGAACCUAAGGCGCACAGAGAUUGUUUGUUUCGUAUGGGCGAUUCAGAAUCUUAGCGGGAAUACCUUUUCCAACUUCUCUACAUACUUUUUGGAGCAAGCAGGACUAUCGGCAUCUAAUUCCUAUAACUUUGCUAUGGGGCAGUACGGAAUCAAUAUGGUCGGCGUCCUCGGAGCGUGGUUCCUCAUGUCAUUGGGAUUUGGUAGAAGAACUCUAUAUCUCUAUGGACUCUCUGCGCUUUGCGCCAUACUCCUAGUCAUUGGAUUUCUUGGCCUUGUUCCAAGUGCAAGUCCGCAUAAGAGCCAAUCAUCGCUCGCAACAGGUUGCAUGAUGAUUAUCUGGGCUCUGUUUUAUCAGCUUACAGUUGGAACUGUGGCCUACUCGCUCGUGGCAGAAAUUUCUACUCGUCAAUUACAGAUCAAGACGGUUGUACUUGGGCGAAACCUAUAUAAUAUCGUUGCCAUAAUCUGCGGUAUUCUAACCCCGCGAAUGCUGCAUCCUGAUGAGUGGAAUUGGAGUAACUUUGCCGGGUUUUUCUGGGGAGGAAUGUGCUUUUUCUGCUUUAUCUAUACCUUCUUCCGAGUUCCUGAAACAAAUGGCCGGACAUUCGCUGAAAUCGACAUGCUUUUCGAAAGCAAGGUAUCUGCUAGGAAAUUCGCGAGCACAGACGUCUCUAUAUUUGAGGAGGACAGCACGCACGCGUUUGACGAAAAGGUGUAA